AGGCGGUCGCCGUCCAUCUGCUAUUUUCCUGUAAUAGAUCCAGAGCACCCCCAACAUUGGCCCGUCUCCCUGUUGAAGAUGGCUGUUGUAAUGCUGACAUGGGGCAACUAUCUCAGUAGUCUGUCAUUGCUCCUAUAUAAUGGAAUUCUCUUUUAGCAUCAUCUGAACUUUGUACUUAGUUACAUACAGAUAAUUAGAGAGGGAUUGACCAUUGACUAUGUGCUCUGGGAUGAGAGCAAUUAAACGGCACCAGGAGUGAUGCUAACCUUAGCCCUGGAGUAGGAAAAAAACGUUGUCAUGUACUAAGGAGACCCUUCAUCAUAAUUCUGUAUAUUGAUUAGUGGGCUACAAAAUAUGAAUACACAUGGAGUCCGGUUUAGACUCAGUGUGUGAUGUUGGUUAUCCUGGGUGAUUAUUUGGUAUGGCAACCCUGAUACUCAAGUAAAUGCAACUCUAAGGAUUCUGAAGAGGCAUUCUUUAUAUUAAUGUAAUUUCCCCAGGGGUCUAACACACACAACUGGGGUUUCAGAAGCCUAGAAUCUAGCCCUGCCUCUCACUGGAACCCUGAGUGACAUUGUGUAGGUCUCGGUGUCCUCAUCUAUGAAAUGAAAAGAAUCAUCAAAAUCAGCAUUUCCUAAAUGUGUUCUGUAAAACAUUUAUCAGCCAAAAUGUUUUCUGUUAAAACUACCUGAUUUAAGUUGCUGAGAAGAUCUGAUAAAGAACAUGUUGUUUAACCCAGAAUUUCCCAAACUAAUUUCACAGUGGAACCAUAUUUUUUCCAUGUAAUAUGUGUUAAUAUCCUGGGAACUAUUUUUCUGCAGAGGAGAUUUUGGAAAACACUGUAUUUGUGCCCCUAAGGACCCUAAUAAGUCCACCAUUCUACAAACAAACUACUAAACCUGGCUUUCUACGAGAACUUCAUUUUAUGCAUCUUUUAUCUUCAGGCCUCUUUAAUAGAUAUGUAGGUACCUUGUCAAGUACCUUGUCAAUAACACAUGCCAGGCUCCAGAUUUACUGAUAGGUGUCCUAUUCCGUACCCUAGCUCCACAAAGAGAAUUAUGCUUUGUUAACUCAGCCUCUUCCUCUAUGGAGAUUUGUGCCCUUACCCACCCUGUUCCAGGCUUUUUAAAUGCAGAUCAUGGAGUUGGAUGAAAAGUGCUACAACUGGAAAGAUGGCAGGAAUAAAAGAGUAACUCGCCAGACUUCACAUCUAGAUAAUAGUAUAGCUGAGAGGGAAAAAAACAUAAAUGAGGCUAAGUCAAGCUGCAUUAAGGAACUGAUAGAAAGGGGAGUAGGAAGAGGGAGAGAAGGAAAAGCCAUAGGCACUGGAGAUGAGAAAGUUUAGGGUUUGGGAGAGUGAAAGGCUCAUAUGUGGCCUUGUGUAGGGGACCUGGGAAGGAGAGAAAAGGAAAUACGAAGUGUUCCUGAUCAUCAUGAAUUGGAUCAUCUGUAAUGUUCUUUGACAGAUGCAACAAAAGACUGGAAUUCCCUUUUAAUUCAUUUUGAGUAUUUGACUGUGCUUCUGACUUUAGUUUUGUACAAAGACUGGACCAUGUGGACCUUGGAAUUUAUUAGCAUUACAAAUAACACAUAAUCAUUUGCCAGGUUCUUUAAUAGUUAAUCUUAUUUAAUCCUUAUAACACAUUUGUAAAGAAGGUAAGACAUGUAAUUUUCCCUUCCCAAUUUUACAGAUGAAUAAAUUGAGGCUCAGAGAGAUUAAAUGACUUGUCUGAGUUCUCAUGAAUAGGUGCUGGCUAGAAUAGAACCAGGAAGACAUGCAGGACAAAAGAAUUUUGAGCAGGAAACCUAGGUAAGAGGACCAUUAUAUUAUAUUUGCCUUGCCAUCAAAUCUAACGUAGCAAUAUGGACACAGUGGGGGCAUCCACUUCUGACAAAACCUGAGUUUAAGAGCAGUGCUCACUUGGAACUUUGAUCUUGAAGUGAAGCACAGAAUGGAAUUCCCAUUAUCCGUAAAAAGGAGUAGUCAUCUGGUUCCCUGUCAUGUCAGCUUGCAGCUCUUACAGCGAAUUCUGAUAUCUAGCUCUUGUUUCCUAUACCCCUUUCACCCUCACCUCCUGAGACCCUAGCUCUUCAUAGAGUUGGUUCUCAGGUCCUUUCCUGGCCUGGAGCCAUGCAGCUGAGGGGAUUGUUUCCAGUCAGCCUGGACGUUGAACCCCAUUGCUGCUGAGCUGUAGGUGGGAAGGCCAGUUUCCAAGCUAAGAAAGGGAAGUGAAUUGUUCAGCGAAGGAUGCCAGAAUUGGGGAGGGCUGGGGAACACAUCUGCCAGGUUUUGCUUGCCCUCCUGCUUAGCCUCCAAACGUGGUGAUUUACGUUUUUUAUAAAGCACUUGUAAUGUCAAGAGAUAAUGGUUAACUUGGGAAGGAGUUUUAACUGGCAAAUCAUAGGAAUGUUUCAGAAGUGACGGGCGAUGGGGAAAGGACUGUAGAGGACAUGUGUGUUGCAGAGAUGUUGCUGGGUCAUUGGAAGUCAAUAGGGAGGCCUCUUGACCGGAAGCCCGCAGAUGUGGAUGUUCUCCGGAGCCCUCCUGUUGGUCAUAGUGUGUAGAAAAACUUUGUCUGAGAUCCUUGUUAUGUCGGGACUUUGGUUAUUGCUGUUUCACAUCACAUCAUAUCACCUGUGUAUAUGCCCAUGGCACAUUUCUCAUGACCUCUAAUGAGAUGUCAUCAUCACCCUACAGUUCACAUGGGGAAAGGGUUACCACCUCUGUUGGUUGAGAAUAUGGGUCAGGUGUCUCAGCUUUCCUGGUUGAGGGCCUCCCUCGACCUUGCUCCCUGCACAGCUAUUACUCUGUACCUGUGAAUUCCUUGGGCCACUCACACAGAUAGCCAGUGUGGCUCCCACCUUGGGAGUUGUAUCCUUGAGCUAAUUUUUUUUUCAACUGGGCUUUCACCAGAAGCUAGAUAGCAAAAUAUUGAAGGAGUAUAACAUACCUGCUAUGCUUCUAUACUCCAGAUUAUCUAAGUUCCAGCCUCAUAUUACAUCAAAUAAUAAUAUCUAACCUGUUUUGAUUAGUUGCUAUAUGCCUGAGACUGUUCGAAGCUCUCUACAUGAAUGAUCUAAUUUUAUUCCCACAGCAACCCUGUGAGGUAAAAUGGUGCCUUAAGGCACGUAAUGUGUGUAAAGACUCAGUAAGUAAUGGAGUCAGAACUGAACCCAGAGGGUCUGACCGUGGAGCUCACACUCUUACCCACUCCAUUAUACUUUUGUUGUUGGCUCAUGAAGAAGUUAUGUAACUCAGAAGUUCCUUUGUUUUCCAAGACCCAUUUGUAACUGGGUUCUGCUGUAAUUAUUACAUGGGUAUGAAGAGCUUCUUAACUCUGAAUGGCCCAAAUCACUUUAACAUAGAUUUUCCUUUUUUCCUCAUAAUAUCCUUGUAUGGUUAAUAUUGACUCAAUUUUGUACUUGAAGAAAGAAAAGGCCCAGGGAAGUAAAUCACCCUUGGUCACACAGCGAAUCAGUGAUGCCACUGAGAUUAGAAACAGGCUUCCUCCUUCCCAGGCCAGGACUUUGAAUGCUAACCCCUGUUACACAAAACUCAUAUGAAAGAUACGUGAGCCUUUCUGGACUUCAGUUUUCUCUAUCUGUCAAAUAAGAUGAAAGACAUCUCAGGAAUGCUGAUUGUUGUGUGUGAAGUGACGUGAUCUUUAAGGAACAAAUUCUCUAUGACUGGGGAGGAUUGUCAGGGUUGUGGCGGAGGGACCCUAGCACUCUUCAGACCUGUGCUAGAAAGGAGGGAUGGGAGUGGGUCUUUUCCUCACUGUGAGCAUCCAGUGGAGAUGCUUGCUAAUAACAUGGGCAUUGCUUGUUUCCCCUCCUUGGGGGAUAUAAUGAUAGUAUUCAUUUGCAGGGCCUUUUGCCUCUGGAGAAGCCUCUUGCAUGGUCUCUUGACCUCUCCCGUGGAGUAGAUGUCAUCCUCCUGUCAUUUUCUCCUAGCCCUAGGAGUAUAUGGCUGUCUGCCCUGAUUACCAGUGACUGCACUUAUUAAUGCCUCAGUGCGUGAAGUGCUGGUGAUUAACAGGAGCUGCAGGCAUCUCCCCAUUAUCUUCAUGGGCAGCUCCUUGAAAUAAUUUUGCCUGCAAUCACAGCUCAAUUGGUUUGGGUUAGGAGAAAUAAUUUCCUCCUAUAAUGCUGUCACUAUCAAAUUGGAGGCCACAGCUGUGAAGUUGAACUAUCCUUUAGAGGUUGCAAUGGAUUUUGAAUGAUGAUGACAGCCAUGUGCUAAAGAAUAAGUCACUUGCCUGGUCAAGCUUAUGAGAUGAAAGAUAGGAAAGUUCUAAAGUUAGGGAAGGAGUCUGUUUUUUAUACUUUAGGUUGCGUUGGGAAGUCAAAAUGCAGGAAUCAUGGGUCUCAGAACUCAUCUAGUCUGAAUCACUCUCUUUAUGGAUGAGAAAAUCAAUACUGAGAAAGGUGAAUUAACUGUCCACAGUCACCCAGUUGGUUCUGACAGCACUGGGAUUGUAACUCAGAUUUCUUUUCUCUAGGGUACUAUGUUUCAUGGACUAGCAGAGUAGAAGGAAAAACACAGCUAUCUAUUGGAAACUUUAAGAUGCAGUAUGUCCUGUCAAUGUAGAAAGUCACACCUGCUUUGAAACUAAACUUUCCUUAUACCGAGCAAUAUUCUGAUGUCCAAGGCAUCACCUCAACCAAAUUAUAUAACCGAAUCCAUUAAAUAAUGUGUUGGACAAAAACCUAACCCAUCUACCAUUUUAGAGCCUUAGUACUGUAGAUCCUACUGUGUAUAGAAGUCCAAAUAUAAAUGUAUGUUCAUGCUUUGGCAUUGUAAAUUCCAUAGAUUAAGAUCAUUUGAUAGAUAUAAGCUGAAUCUUUUACUAAGAUUCCCCCCCCCACCCAAAAAAAUACAUUAAAGAAACAUGACAGUCUGUUCUAUUUUUGUUGAGAUUCCAUGGCAGUUAAGGUCAAGAUAAGGACAUUAUCUUUUAUUGCUGUGAUAGAUGAGAAUUAUAAAUCUGUGAGCUGACCUCAUGGACUUCUGUUCUCUAAAAUUCAGAACCACUUGUCAGUCAAAUUUGAGUACUCAAAAGAGAUGGGGGAGAGGAGGAGUGGAGGAGGGGACAGGGGAACAGUAAACUAGAGAGCUGGUAGAUCAUUAAAGAACCUUACCUUCAAGAUGUGUGCCCCCAUUAUUCUCUUUUUUCUCCUCUUAUUAUUGUCAUUGUCAUCAUCAUCUUCAUCUGGUAUUUUGUACUUAUACUCUCCACUUGCUUAUCUGAUGACUCUUAAUCCUCUUUGUAAGUUGUAAAGAGAGAGCUUCUUCCAGGACAGUGAAAUUCAGAACAGUGCCCAAGAUUAUUUAUCAAAUCAGCUACAGAAUAUGACUAAUAAGAAUCAUUCUUUACAUGUAUAUAGCACUUAAAGAUUCCCAAAUUUUAUAAGACCAACCAACUACAAAGUCACUAAGAAAGAAAAUAGAAAAUAAAAUCAUGGUCUAUGGCCAUACCACCUUGAAUGUGUCUGAUCUCAUUAGCUAGGCAGGGUCGGGCCUGGUGUGUACUUUGAUGGAAGAAAAUAAAAUCAUGAUUGACUAUAAUUUUUCUAUGGGCCAGUGAGGUACAGGAAUCAACCUUUCGAUUUAUGCCUUCCUAAAGCUACCACUGUCAGCUUUUGUUUGCUUUUGGGUGUACAACCCACAGUGAUUGCAAAUAUAGUGUUACUUUCAUGACCAUUGCUACAGUUCAUCAAAUGUUGACUCCUGCUAGGUAUGAAGUUGAUACUCACAUUAGGUGUACUGAGGAGAACAGCUGUUCAUUGCAUUUGGACUUAACUUUGGUUCUGGUUUGAGGGAUGUCCUAGGGUUGUGGGAGAAGGAGCUGUGUCAGCGUGAAAAGAUGGGUGGUUUGAAGAAACAUUGCUGUGCGUAUAAGAGCCAAGCUAUGAGAAUUGUUCGGACGGUAGGGCAGGCCUUUGAGGUCUGCCACAAGCUGAGCCUGCAGCACACGCAGCAGAAUGCAGAUGGUCAGGAAGAUGGAGAGAGUGAGAGGAACAGCAACAGCUCAGGGGACCCAGGCCGCCAGCUCACUGGAGCCGAGAGGGCCUCCACGGCCACUGCGGAGGAGACGGACAUCGACGCGGUGGAGGUCCCACUCCCAGGGAAUGACGUCCUGGAAUUCAGCCGAGGAGUGACUGAUCUAGAUGCCGUAGGGAAGGAAGGAGGGUCCCACACAGGCUCCAAGGUUUCGCACCCCCAGGAGCCCAUGCUGACAGCCUCACCCAGGAUGCUGCUCCCUUCUUCUUCCUCGAAGCCUCCAGGCCUGGGCACAGAGACACCGCUGUCCACUCACCACCAGAUGCAACUCCUCCAGCAGCUCCUCCAGCAGCAGCAGCAGCAGACGCAAGUGGCUGUGGCCCAGGUACACUUGCUGAAGGACCAGUUGGCUGCUGAGGCUGCGGCGCGGCUGGAGGCCCAGGCUCGCGUGCACCAGCUUUUGCUGCAGAACAAGGACAUGCUCCAGCACAUCUCCCUGCUGGUCAAGCAGGUGCAAGAGCUGGAGCUGAAGCUGUCAGGACAGAACGCCAUGGGCUCCCAGGACAGCUUGCUGGAGAUCACCUUCCGCUCUGGAGCCCUGCCCGUGCUCUGUGACCCCACGACCCCUAAGCCGGAGGACCUGCAUUCGCCGCCGCUGGGCGCGGGCUUGGCUGACUUUGCCCACCCUGCGGGCAGCCCCUUAGUUGACCACGGCAUGUUUGAGAAUUUGAACACAGCCCUCACUCCAAAGCUCCAGGCCAGCCGCUCCUUCCCCCACUUGUCCAAGCCCGUGGCCCCCAGCUCUGCCCCUCUGGGCUCUGCUGAGCCUGGGGGGCCAGGACUCUGGGUGGGCAGCAGCCAGCACCUCAAGAACCUGGGCAAAGCCAUGGGGGCCAAAGUGAAUGACUUCCUACGGAGAAAGGAGCCCUCCAGCCUGGGCAGUGUGGGUGUGACGGAGAUCAACAAGACUGCAGAAGCACAGCUGGUCAGUGGGGCUGAUGCGGCUCCAGGGGCUUGGCCAGAGGAUGAAAGAUCAGUCCUGCAAGAAGCAUUUCCUCGGCUGGAUCCUCCACCUCCCAUAACCAGAAAGCGAACCCCUCGGGCCCUGAAGACCACCCAGGACAUGCUGAUUUCAUCACAGCCUGUCCUGAGCAGUCUGGAGUAUGGGACAGAGCCAUCACCUGGGCAGGCCCAGGACUCUGCUCCCACUGCCCAGCCUGAUGUCCCAGCAGAUGAUUCACAGCCAGAGGCCACCAUGGAAAGAGAAGAGAGAGGCGAAGUUCUACCUAAUGGAGAGGUUUCCCUGUCAGUACCUGAUCUAAUCCACAAGGAUAGCCAGGACGAAUCCAAGCUAAAAAUGACUGAGUGCAGAAGGGCCUCCUCCCCCAGCCUCAUCGAGAGGAAUGGCCUCAAACUCAGCUUGAGCCCCAUCAGCCUGGCUGAGUCCUGGGAGGAUGGCAACCCCCCUCAUCAGGGACGGACCUCCAGCCUCGACAAUGAGGGCCCUCAUCCAGACCUGCUGUCCUUUGAAUAGAGCCUCUGCUCUUUCCUGCUGAGCUCUGCCCUUGUCUUCCUGCUGCUUUCUCCUCCACUGCACACACUGACCCUGGCCCCAACUCCACCGUGCCCUUGGACUUCCUCGUAUGAGGCACCAGCAGAGAGCCAGUCGUCCAUCAUGGGAUUUUGCAGGACUGGAAGUCCUUGAGUAGUUCUAGUUAAAGAGUCUAUCUGCAGAAUGGCUAAAGGACUCGAUGCCAUCUUGAGCCUAAAUUUCUGUAACCUCCUCUGAGUGGGCUGCAGCCCUUGGACAUUAGAGCUCUUACACUCUUGAGCUUGUCCUGUCUUCUCAGUGAAUUGCAGGGCCACCAGCCCAGGACGAUGGAUCUUGCAGGAAUUCUCUUUGCCUGUCCCCUACAUGCACCUCCUCCCCUGCUGUUCUCCCUCCCACACCCCGUCCCUUCUCUCUCCUCCUUGAUGGGUCUGAGGCCCCUGGCCUCAGCGGGAGCAAGGCUGGAUGAGGAAUGAUGGGUUUGGCUUGAUGAUAGGCCCUGGCCUGGAAAGCCACACACUCUGACCACAGCCCAGCCAUGGCUCCUCUUGGUCCCAGGACAGCGCAGGCCCCUGGUUGCCGUGUUUGCUCUGCCCCUGGGGUGGAGGCCAGAGGAGAUGCUUACCAGGCCUGAGACCUUGAGAGUUCACCCAGGGUUCCCAAGGUUUCCCCCAUCUGGUCAGAUGUCAAAUACAAAAUGUGGGCAUCCUGCACAGAAGGAAAGAUGAGGCUUCCUUUGCUGUGUAUGUGAAGACAGGAGAGCCAGGCCCCAGCAGAUGCAGCCGAGCACACUCUGGUUUUGUUUUUGGGGGAGGGCCCAGGAACUUGGGGGUGGUUUUGGCAUUCAGGGCUGAAGCUAAAAACCCAGAGCAGAAGUAGGGAGAAGGGAGUGAGGAUGGGACAGAGAAGAGCGAUCACUGGGGAUCAGAACAGCUUUUCAGGGGCCACCUUGCAACCUAAAAUGAUGCCGUUUCAGGGCCUGGGCCUGCUGUGAGAGCCAGAGUGAAGCGUGUGCAAGAUUGGAAUGUGAGGGCCGGGCGCGGUGGCUCGAGCCUGUAAUCCCAGCACUUUGGGAGGCCGAGACGGGCGGAUCACGAGGUCAGGAGAUCAAGACCAUCCUGGCUAACACAGUGAAACCCCGUCUCUAUUAAGAAAUACAAAAAACUAGCCGGGCGAGGUGGCGGGUGCCUGUAGUCCCAGCUACUCGGGAGGCUGAGGCCGGAGAAUGGCGUGAACCUGGGAGGCGGAGCUUGCAGUGAGCUGAGAUCCGGCCACUGCACUCCAGCCUGGGUAACAGCGAGACUCCGUCUCAAAAAAAAAAAAAAAAAAAAAAAAAAAAAAAAAACAAAGAUUGGAAUGUGAGAAGAACUGAGGGGGGAAACCACUUUUAAUUAAGUGGAAGUGCUUUGUGCUUGUGCUGAAGUUACCUGGGUCUCCUGUAGCCCUGGACCUCACUGGAGUGGCCCCGCCCUGCCCGUCCCUGCCCUUCUUUUAUGCUGAUGCUGAUGGGCUGUGUCCUGCUUCAGGAUCCAUGUAAGGGACUGACCAGGUUCAUCCAACCUUAACUGGUUCCUGCUCUCCUGGAUUAAGCCACUUUUAGGUCUCCCACCAGGGGUCCUAUUGUGCUGUCUUCCUGUGGCCAGCAGACCCUGUAAGGGGGUGAUCCUAAUCCCGGGGCUCUUUGCAGCAAGAGGAGAACAUCCCUUUUCUUGAACAAGGUGGCCAGUUCCCUGGGAGAAAGCUGGGAAUGGCACGUCCAGCCGGGGCAGGCAUUGUGGCAUCCUUCUCCUGGGAUUUCUGUGGCCUCCCCUGUUCUAUUCAUUAUUUGGCUUCCCAACCAUAAGCUCUGGGAUACCCAGGGCUUGCUUCCCAGCUCAUCUCAUCUCUAAGCCUUUGCUCCCCUUCCCACCACCACUGCUAUGUAAAAUGGCCAUGCUAACUCCUACAGAACUAGGAGCCUCAGCAGGAUUGCUAGGAUGUGGGUGCCUUCCUGCAUUCUUGCUUCUGCAGCUGUGUGGCCUUCCCACAGCCCUCCCACCACUUUCCCUUCUACCUUGCCGUCCAUUGUCUUCCUUCUCCCAGAAAGCCAGGUUUCAACACGUGCUCACCACUAGCUCUCUCCCCUCCCUCGUGGAGGUUGCUGCAGCAAGGCACCUGCAGGCCCUGGUAGAGUGAGCAGGGCUUAUGUGUACGUUCUUUACGUGUACAUCUCCAAGGAUGUGAUGUCUGACUGUGAUGUCAGAGAGGAGGUCUCAGGACUAGCAUUUGGGGUCCUGUGAGUUUUCCCAGAAUGGUUUGGGGUAUCACACAAAACACCAGAGCUGAGGAUAGGGGUAGAGUCCCCAAACACACAUCCUGGGAGCAAGCCACUUCAUCUGAGUUUCCCAUACCAGGAACAUGAUUUGUGCUUUGGUGGAAAACUUAGCAAGUCCCUGCACUCUGGGGCUUCUCCUCUUCUAGAGCCCAGGGCGGCUCUGGCCCGAUGAUAUGGCAGCCAUAGGUACAGGUAUUGCAGGUGCAGUCUUUCUUAAGUACCCUGCCUCCACUCUAUAGCCCAGCUGCUGCUAGAGUCCAGGACCUUAGACCCAGGAUGAGCAAAAGGACUCCACCAGGUUGUCCAGGACCAUUGCCAGGGUGACCCCAGAGUCCUUCAGACUUCUGUCUGAUACUGAACACAGUGCCACGGGACCCUGCUCCAAUCUAACUGCCUACAACCCACCCAUCCCCCUGCUGCAGGGGUGACGCUGCUACCUCGGGAGGCUCUCUUGAGAGUGGUGUCUGGUCUUAGAUGCUGCAGAUAGUACCUGGUGCUAGGGUCUAGGUGCUGCCCAAAGCCCAGCAGGAUCAGCUACUACUCAUCCUGCAGAGGCCUUGGCCCAGACCAGCUCUUCCAUCCAAAGCCUCACCUGGUUUCCGUGUUCAUCUCAACAGUCUGGCCUUCCUGUGACUGCAGCCUGGCAGCCACACCCCCAGUAAUCCCACACAGUGAGUCCAGCUUCUCUGGGAGCUUGGCCUUCAGUUAGCCCAGUCCAUGAGAGGGCAGGGUAAUGAGGAGGAGUAAAGGACCUAUCUUCUCUGUCCACAUAAGGAAUUUGGGACCACAGGGUCUUUUAUCUCCUUGUUACUCCCCAACCCCAUCAUAACCUCCUACUCAGCACACAGCUUUAUCCUGGUAGAUUAUAAGGUGAGCUUCCAGAACCUGGCAGGAGGCUGGUGUAUCCCCCUGCACGGAGGGAGGUGUAUCUGAAUGUUGUGUAUGUGGCUGAUAUGGAAGACAUACAUGUAUGCAAUCAAUCAGCCUUUAAAGAGGACUGGCUGCAGUUCGGAGGAGGAGGAGGAAGAUUACAGAUCUAUUCUGAGUAUUUUUUAGAGAGUUAAUAUUUAUAUUUUUAGUAAUUUUCUGGUAGAAGGAAAUUGCACAAUAAAAUGAUUUGGUUUGGUUUGC